AGGCUGUUUUGUAACCGGCCUUGAGGUCAACAAACAACCAGCGCUUUGUCCCUGUCUCCAAUGACUCACCAAUAUUGGCGACGGACCAAAUGAAACGCGAUUCGGUCUUUUAAAAAACACAGGUUGUAAAACACAAGAAAGGCAGCAAACUUGAACGAGACGUGUGAUCGUUGUCAAUAGGGAACAACUAACGUAAAAACUCCAGCAGUGAGACUCAAAAUGCUGGAGUAACUCGACGGGUCAGGCAGCAUCUGUGGUGGGCAUGGAUAGAACAGGUAAUGCAUGGAAAACCCAGAUGCUGGAUGGAAAGACUGUACUAAUAACUGGCGCUAACACUGGAAUUGGCAAAGAGACUGCAAGAGACCUGGCAAAGAGAGGAGCCCACAUUAUCAUAGCAUGCAGAGACAUAGAAAAAGGCGAUGCUGCAAUGAAAGAAAUAAUAAAGCAAUCUGGAAAUUCUAAUAUAAUGGUGAAGAAAUUGGAUUUAGCUGAUACCAAAUCUAUUCGAGAGUUUGCGGAGCAGAUCAAUAAAGAACAACAGCAAAUUAACAUUCUGAUUAACAACGCUGGGGUAAUGAUGUGUCCUUAUUUGAAAACGGAAGACGGCUUUGAGUUGCAAUUUGGAGUCAAUCAUUUAGGACACUUUUUGCUAACCUAUUUACUAAUUGACUUGAUAAAACAAUCUGGUCCUGCUCGAAUCAUCAAUGUCUCCUCUGCUGCACAUAAAAUGGGAAAAAUUCAGUUUGAUGAUCUGAACAGUGAGAAGAGUUACAAUUCAGUAAAAGCCUAUGGGCAGAGCAAACUGGCCAACAUUUUGUUUACAAGGGAAUUGGCCAGAAAACUCCAAGGGACAAAUGUAUCAGUCUUUGCUUUGCAUCCAGGUGUGGUCCGAACUGAAUUAGCCAGACAUUUGAAUGCUGUAACCCGGUUUGGGUUGUCAUUGCUGCGACCUUUUACCAAAUCUCCAGAAAAUGGUGCUGAAACUUCAAUUUACUGUGCUGUAGCUCCAGGAUUGGAGAAAGAAACAGGAGAAUAUUUCAGUGAUUGUGAUCGUACAACCGGUUCAUCGGAUGCCCGUAACGAUCAAGUAGCAAAGAAGUUGUGGGAAGUAAGCUGCCAAAUGCUGGGAAUUGAUUGGCAGUGAGCCCAACACAUGCCCUCAACAGCAUGUUAUGUUCAAUUUAUUUGUACUUAUAAUCAACAACUGAGGUUGUAUCUGAAUAACUGAAUAAUAUGAACUCUUUUUGCUAAUUAACGUUUUAUCUUUUUAAGUAUAAAGUAUUUGUAUUUUACAUUUUUGUAUACAUUUAACAGCUUAAUGUAGGUCGUACUACAGUUUUGCUUCCCAGUAUGCAUAUAAUAUACAUUCACUUAAAGACAUAAACAGUUUAAAUUUUCUUUCUAGAGAAAACAUUGUACAAAUUAAAUAUGGUGCUUAUUCCUGGUGUUUGUUCCUUUGUUAUUUCGUACACUACUGACUUUUGUUUUCUUUCAUUUCUUUGCCAUUUUGUAACAUUUUUAUUAGGUGGAAUUGUACACUAGUAACAUUUUAUAAAGCUUUUGCCUAUUAAGUUGUUGUAUAAUUGACUCUUCCGUCUUGGAUUUAUGAUGAAGAAAUGAGAAGUGGCACAAUAAAAUGUAAUUCGGAGCUUUACACUGUGUAGCUUUCUGCAUGGGCCAAUACUUUGAAUUUGAUUUUGAUAUUUUUUUUAAGAUUUACAUAGUUGGAUACUAUGGUUUCUGUCAUGAGAUGGUGGUUUUGUAAUUGAACUAUUCUGCACCAGGCAGUUAUUAAAUUUUAGAUCUUGAAGAUUGAAUGCAGGAAUAUGACAUCUGUUAACCUAAUGCAGCUCAUGAUUAUUGAAAAUCUGGUAUUAAGUACUUUGAGAGGCUAUAGUGGUCAUAUAAUGUGUUUUUAUAACAUUGUGAAAUAAAAACAAUGUAAUCAAAA